CGUAGUCUUAGUCUGGUUAUAUAUAUACAUAUAUAUAUAUAUAUAUAUUUAUAGAAGUAAAGUACUCAGUUAUAUUAGCUCUUGAUUGAUCAUCCGAUCGAAGCCUAAUAUAUAAAAAAUUAAUUAAUCGAAUAGGAAAUUAACUGAAAAUGGUGGAGUUGGUAGUAGGGAAUCAGUUUGUGAGCAGUAGUACUAGUAGUGUGAUAAUGAUAUUAAUGAUGAAAAUGAUAGUGGUGAUGAGUGGAUACGGAUUUGGUGUAGCGAAUGGUGUGAGUAUGAACUACUAUGUAAUGAGUUGCCCCAUGGCUGAUCUCAUCGUCCAGAACACAGUCAAUAGAGCUCUGCGAGCUGAUCCCACUCUUGCUGCCGCUCUUAUCAGAUUGCAUUUCCACGACUGUUUCGUUCAGGGGUGCGAUGCAUCAAUUCUGAUAGACUCAACAAAAGACAACACAGCAGAAAAGGAUUCGCCAGCCAAUCUGAGUGUGCGUGGCUACGAACUUAUAGAUGAAGUGAAAGAGGAGCUGGAACAACAAUGUCCUGGCGUUGUUUCCUGUGCUGAUAUUGUGGCUAUGGCUGCUAGAGAUGCCGUUUUCUUUGCAGGUGGCCCUGUGUACGACAUACCGAAAGGACGAAAGGACGGAAGGAUAUCCAAAAUAGAAGAGACCAUCCAGCUGCCGUUUCCCUCCAUGAAUGCCUCAGAGCUCAUCAGAAUAUUUGGACAGCACGGCUUAAAUGCCCAUGAUAUGGUUGCUCUCUCCGGAGCACAUACCUUAGGAGUUGCUCGAUGCUCAUCGUUCAAAAGACGUUUGAGCGAAGUAGAUCCAACCCUUGAUUCGAACUUUGCAAAGACACUGUCGAAAACAUGCAGCGAAGGGGACACGGCGGAGCAGCCAUUCGACGCCACUCAAAAUCACUUCGAUAAUGUGUACUUCAACGGACUAGUUAGGAGGAAUGGUGUGCUCACCUCCGACCAAACGCUGUACGCUUCCCCAAGGACAAAACCCAUUGUCAAUGCCUACGCCUUCAACCAAGCCAUGUUCUUCUUGGACUUCCAGCAGGCCAUCACCAAGAUGGGCUUACUUGAUCUCAAACAGGGUUCCCAAGGAGAAGUGCGAGCAUCUUGUCGUACUAUCAAUUAAUUAUUUGUUAUAUAUAUAUAUAUAUAUAGAUAAUUAUAUACUCUCUAAACAAUAUUAUCAUAUUGUUAAUAUUAUAUGUACCUAUCUUUACUUAUAUUCUCAUAUAUAAAUAUAUAGGAACUUUCUUCA